AUGCAGAGCCUGUGGCUGGGUGUGACUUCCGGGGAGAUACUGUCCAGGUUGACACCAUCUAGGGUUUCUGGCAAUAGAUCACAAAUUGCCUUCAUCCGAAAAGAGCGACUAACAGCAGCUGCUGUAGAGAUAUUGUCAGUGUUUGAAAAAACCAUCUUGGAGUAUGAAGAAGAGCUCGACCGUCAGCGCAGACUGUUGGACCUCGCCUGGAAACCUGAAAUCAGACUCCACAGAGUCGAACUCCCACGAGAGAAUGUUUGUAAGGUGGAGGAGGACGGGGUUUUCAGUGACCAGCACCUCGAUAACCUGGAGAGGAGCUGCAGCCCGGACCAGGAGGAACCAGAGAGGAGCUGCAGCCCGGACCAGGAGGAACCAGAGAGGAGCUGCAGCCCGGACCAGGAGGAACCAGGGCAUCCACAGACUCCAGAACUGGAGGAAGACUCCAGUCGUCAGGAGAUCAAGCACGAGGACGUAGAGGUGGAUGUCUCAUUGGUCAAUGUCGCUGAUGUGAAAGUUGAAAAUGGUGAACCAGGACCAAACUGUGGCCAGCUGCCGUUGCACACUUCUCCUGAAGCCCAAAUCAAGGAUGAGGAAGGAACUGAAAGUUUACGCUCAGACUCCAGUAAAACUGCAGAUGAGAAUACAUCUGACCACGAAUAUGUCCCGUCAGACAGCAACUGUAAAUCAAGGCUGACCAGGACCCACACGAGGAAGAAGGCGUUUUCUUGCAGCACCUGCAGUAAAAAGUUCAGUUCAAGUCGUUAUUUAAAGAAUCACGUGAGGAUCCACACUGGCGAGAGGCCGUACCUGUGCAACACCUGCGGAAAAUCGUUUAGUGAAUCAAAAACAUUCAAGCAGCAUAAAAUGAUACACACGGGCGAGAAGCCCUACGUCUGCAAAACAUGUGGAAAACGUUACAGGCAAAAACCCCACCUGGUGCUUCACUUGAGGAUCCACACGGGUGAGAUGCCCUACAUCUGCAAAACAUGUGGAAAAGGUUACAGGCAAAAUUCCCACCUGGUGGUUCACUCGAGGACCCACACUGGCGAAAGGCCGUACCUUUGCAACACCUGCGGAAAGACCUUUGCUGUAUCAACACUUCUUAAACGCCACAUAACCACGCACACGGGCGAGAAACCCUACAUCUGCAAAACAUGUGGAAAGAGUUACAGGCAACGUGCCCACCUGGUGGUUCACUCGAGGAUCCACACCGGCGAAAGGCCGUACCUUUGCAACACCUGUGGAAAAACCUUUAUUGAUUCAUCAGCUCUUAAAAGCCACAUAAACACGCACACAGGCGAGAAGCCCUACAUCUGCAAAACGUGUGGAAAAGGUUUCGCACAACGUUCCAACCUCGUGGUUCACUUGAGGACCCACACCGAUGAAUGUUCAUACCUGUGCAACACCUGCGGAGAACCCUUUCCUAAUUUUUCAGAUCUUAACCAGCAUCUAACCACGCACGCCGGUGAAUGUCCGUACAUUUGCAGCACCUGCGGAGAAUCCUUUCCUAAUUUUUCAGAUCUUAACCAGCACCUAACCACGCACGCCGGCGAGAAGCUAUAUUUGUGCGAGACGUGCAACGAAGGUUUUGAUUCCAUAAUUGAUUUGCUGAGUCACAUGAAAAGUCACCCGGAGGAGCAGCUGUCCAAUCCUGUCUGGCCCACAGAAGAAGAACCCGCAGAAGUCCAACCACCACCUCCGGAGGAGCAGCUGUCCACUCCUGUCUGGCCCACAGAAGAAGAACCCGCAGAAGUCCAACCACCACCUCCUGUGGCUGAUGAGCCUAAUCCCCUCCCCACAAUGGUUGCAGGAUCAACCCGGAUUUAUGCUUCUCCGUCAACUUGACGCAGAGAGAACGAUGUGGUUGUGUACUUUUUUUAAAGUUCUGCCUUGAGUUUGUUUAAAUCCCUGUUCCUUCUUAAAAUCAUAUAAUUUGUUGCUGUUGGUAACUUGCCGUCUCCACGGUGCAAAUAAAGAGCUGUUAGUAUGUGCUGAACUUUCUUUAUACGUGACAGUUUAUUUCGUUCAUCUACAAAGCCUCUCUCACACGUCCUUUUUUCCCGUCUGUUUCUUCACUCACAUUCUCUUUGUAAAAUUAAUCUGCAGCUCCAUGUUGUUAAACUCUCCAUCUACACCAUUUUGAGGUUAUAUAUUGUGACGUCAUACAUAGUUCGCUAAAAACUGUAAAAGGCUUUAUGCAUUUUGUAAUCUGUAAUCUGUAAGUAAUUUCAUUUUUGUAAGAGCGUGUAAACUGAUGGUAUCCUGAGUUAAAUAUACCAGCUGUGCCUCCCGCCCUCAUCUCCCCUCUGUGGGGUUGCUGGUGGCCUGGGUUCCGGGUU